AACAUGUAAAACUUCAAUUAAAAAAGGUUAGGAAAUAUAAAAAUUAAAAAUUAUUGAUGUUUUUAUCUCCUCCUUUCUUAUAUAUUUAUUGUUGAUCCUGCACAUCCCCACUUUACGCUAAAUAUGUGAUACUGAUUCCAUCUCUCUCUACCAUUGCCACCGCCACCACCUCCGUUGCGAGAGAGGCACCAACUCCAGCAACCACCACCACCAGCAAAGGCCAAAUGGCUUCUCCUACCUCGCCUGUCAUGUGGUCUCUUUCUCUUAUUCUGCUCUUACCAUUAUUAUUUUUUAUCUUAAAAAAGAAACUUCAGGAUCACAUCAGACAGAGAAAGCACCUACCUCCAGGCCCUCCAAGACUUCCAAUCAUAGGCAACUUGCACCAACUUGGGGUAUUGCCUCAUCAAUCUUUAUGGAACUUCUCCAAGAAAUAUGGUCCCGUGAUGCUUCUCCAACUUGGUCGUGUGCCAGUACUUAUUGUCUCCUCUGCAGAUGCAGCCAAGGAGGUCUUGAAAACCCAUGACAUCAAUACUUGCAGUAGACCUCUCCUGGCUGGUACUGGAAAGCUAUCCUACAAUUAUCUUGAUGUAGCAUUCACUCCCUAUGGAGAUUACUGGAGAGAAAUGCGAAAGAUUUGUGUUCUUGAGCUGUUCAGUGCCAAGAGAGUGCAGUCAUUUCAAUUCGUUAGAGAAGAAGAGAUUGAUUUGCUUAUCGAUUCCAUCUCCAAAUCUUCUUCCUCUGCCACUCCUGUUGAUCUCAGUGAGAAGACACUCUCUCUCACUGCGAACAUAACUUGUAGAGUAGCUUUUGGGAAGGGUUUUCAAGAGAGAGGGUUAAGCCAUGAAAGAUUCCAAGAAGUGAUUCAUGAAGGUUUGGCCAUGCUUGGGAGCUUCUCUGCAGCUGACUUCUUUCCUUACGUGGGUUGGAUUGUUGAUAGACUCACAGGCCUCCAUGCUAGGCUUGAAAGAAACUUUCAAGAAUUUGAUGUUUUCUACCAAAAGGUUAUAGAUGAUCACAUCCAAAAGGGAACCAAAGAGCCUGGACAGGAAGAUAUUAUCGACGUUUUGCUACGUUUGGAGAGAUUUCAAACUGAAUCUGGAACAAUUCAAUUCUCAGAAGAUCAUAUUAAGGCAAUUCUCAUGAACAUAUUUUUGGCUGGAGUGGACACUGGAGCAAUAGUAUUGGUUUGGGCCAUGGCAGAGCUUGCAAGACACCCAAGAGUUAUGAGAAAAGUACAAGAAGAAAUCAGAACCUGCGUUGGAAACAAAAGAAAAGUCUCAGAAAGUGACAUUGAGAGGCUUGGAUACUUCAAGAUGGUAGUGAUGGAAACACUGAGACUGCACCCACCAGGCACACUACUAAUUCCAAGAGAAACCAUGUCCCAGUUUAGCAUCAACGGCUAUGAGAUUCAACCCAAGACUAGGAUCCAAGUCAAUGUAUGGGCAAUAGGAAGGGACCCUAAGAUUUGGAGAAACCCAGAAGAAUUCUUUCCAGAGAGAUUUAUAGACAACCCAAUUGAUUUUAAAGGGCAGAAUUUUGAAAUGUUGCCAUUUGGUGGUGGAAGGAGAGGUUGUCCUGGGAUAGUUAUGGGACUAGCUACAGUGGAGCUUGCACUUGCAAAUCUUCUGUUUUGUUUUGAUUGGAAGCUGCCUUUUGAUAUGAAGGUGGAAGAUAUUAAUAUGGAAGAAGCAGCUGGUCUUACAGUUUAUAAGAAAGCGUCUUUACUGCUUGUGCCAAUCAGAUAUCAACCUGCAUAAAGGAAGAAAAUUACCAUUUCCUAAGUAUAGAUUUGCUUUGUACUAAUAUUAUGUUUCAAUCAAACCGAUAUAAAUAAUUUAUUGGUGUAAUGAUUAAUAAAUUCAAAAUUCUUCAUUCA